AUGUCGACGAUACUCUACUCUUUCAUAGCCCAAAAUGAUUCAGUUAUCGCAGAUUACGCAACUCCACAAAUAUACAACUCUGACAAAUCGGUAAAUCUGGACCUCAUUGCCAGAAAUAACCUUUCAAGGAUCCCCAAAAAUAAUUCCAACGGUUUCAACGUAAUUCUUGGACACUACUUUUUUCACCAUGUUAAAAAUGGUCUCGUAUUAUCAUGCGUAACAUCAUCUGAUGAAAACACUGAUCUUCCAAAAAAAUUCUUGGCUGAGCUCGACUCAAAAAUUAACAGCAAUGUGUUCAACAAUACCAGCAACAGGAGCAGAACUCUGACAAAAAUGAUGUCGAAGCUAGUGAAUGAGUACAACAACACAAAUAUGAAGUUGAAAUCCAUCGAGUCCUCGUUGAUUUAUACAACAGACGCACUCCGGGAAAAUAUAACUAAUAUAAUGGAACGAGGAGAACUGAUUGACUCAAUAGUAACAAAAUCCGGUAACCUGAAGGCGGAGACCAAGCUGUUCAGAGAUUCAGUAAAGUACUCAAACUCGUCGUUCAUAACAAAGUUUAUAAUAAAUAACAUAAAAAAUAAACGACUAUAUAUAAUUUUAACAGUAAGUAGUAAAAAUGUGUAUAAUAAUUCCUAG